CCCGUCGAAGUCUGCGAGAACAUCAUCGACAUGCUCUACUCGUUUCCCAUCAUGGACCGAGUUGAAAAUGCUCGCACCCUGCAUCGCUGCGCCCUCGUGUGCAGAGCUUGGCGUGUCCGCUCCCAGCGUAACCUAUUCUACUCGGUCGUUCUCCACAACAUAGAAGCACUCCAGAAGUUCUCCGCUGUCCUCGAUAACGGGCCCCAUCUGUGCGAGUAUGUCCACCAACUGACACUCAUGGGGCGCACCCUUCAUACCACAGCCAGUCCCCUCUCGCUCUUACCCAUCGCCCUCCAUGGGAAGCUCCCUAAGCUUCAAGAGGUCACUAUAAAUCGUUCCCUGCAGUACCUUCCUCUUCAUCCCCGCUUCGCGCUCUACUUCUCUGCAUUCACGACUGUUUCUGGACUCUAUAUCUUUGAUCUUACAUUCGGGCACUUCAACGAUUUUGCCAGAAUGAUAAACUCCCUUCCGGCAUUACGAAGACUUGUUUGCAACGGUGUG